GCUCUUCCAAUUCAUCACCCGCGAGAACACCCGCCACCAGUGCUCGCACUGGAAAGACACGGCGCGCGAGGUGUUGUUUAAUAAAUAAAGAUGAAAGCUUCAUACUUUCGGAAUCUAAUCUCGCCGAGAUAUCCGCGGGCCGCGUGUGUUUGUCUUCCACGAAGACAGGCGUGAGAUCGUCGUCGACGGUGCUGUGCUGGCUUCAGACUGACCUUGGGGUAAUAGCAGCGGCGCGAGCGUUGGUCAGCACCUGGUCCUGGUACAGAGAGUGUUGUGUCCGUCGAACAUUGGGUGAUGUUGUUGGCUGUUCGCUAUGAGUAGAGCUGUGGAGCGUGAUUAGUAUCAAAACAGUUUGAAAAGAGUGCCUCUUGUGCCUUUGUAGUAAAUAACAGAAAGAAAGAAAAAUUGCGUUAAAAUGUGCUUCGAGGAAUAGAUUUGCCUUACGUUCAGAAGUUCCAAAUUUGACCUCCCAACGGAAACGGCUCGAUUGUGUUAGUUCGAUUCACCGCUGGACUUAUUCCUACGAUGUCAACAUUCUUCACCACCAACCGCCAUGGCUACAGCGUCCGAUUUUCGCCAUUUAACCCGGACCAGUUCGUGGUGGCCUCGAGCCAAUUCUACGGUCUGGCCGGCGGCGGAACUCUCUACUUCCUGGAGCUGUACCCGGACGGGGGUGGAAUCGUUGAGAAGCGAACGCACCACUGGACCGAUGGGUUGUUCGAUGUGACAUGGUCCGAAUCGAACCCGGAAAUAGUGGUGUCCGGCUCGGGGGAUGGUAGUGUCCAGCUGUGGAACACCAAUCUCAGCCCCAGCAAUGGUCCCCCGCAGAUGGUGUACCGGGAGCACAAGAAGGAAAUCUACAGCGUCGACUGGAGCAAAGUUCCGUACGAGCAGCUGUUCAUCAGCGCAAGCUGGGACAGCACGGUAAAGAUCUGGGAUCCGAUCAGGAACCACUCGCUGAGUACCUAUAUUGGUCACUCGCAACUAGUCUACAAUGCGGUAUUCGCAUCACACAUCCCCAACACAUUCGCGAGUGUCAGUGGUGACGGGAUGCUCAAGAUAUGGGACAUUCUGUGCUAUGAUCUGCCCAUCGCCAGUAUCAAGGCACACGAGGGUGAGGUGCUAACGGUGGAUUGGUGCAAACACGAUUCCAAUGUCCUCGCCACUGGGGCUUCGGAUGGACUUAUCCGGGUGUGGGAUCUGCGUAAUUUUGGCAUACCGCUGGCGGAGCUAAAGGGCAACGAGUUUGCCGUGAGAAAAGUACAAUUUUCACCCCACAACAUGUCGGUGCUGGCCAGCGUGGGCUAUGACUUUACGACUCGCAUCUGGGACUUCAAGAAGAGCAACGAAGCGAUGGAAACGAUUAAGCACCACUCGGAGUUCACCUACGGGUUGGACUGGAACCGGCGCCGGCAGAAUCAGCUCGCCGACUGCGGCUGGGACUCGCUGGUGCAUGUUUUCAAACCGGACUGCCUUUCCGACAAAAUCUAAUCCUUUGCGAACGAGGAGAGCUCAUCCCAUGGGAGGUGGAAUCUUUUAUCCAAGCUAAAAAGUGGAAAUUUUAAGGGAAGAAUCUAACAAAGCAAAAAAAGGGAAAAAAAAGCAAACCAAAUUGUGAUUUAGGAUGUAAGUAGUCUAAAAAAACAACAAUUGGACAGAACUAUUUUAGAGGCAAACAUGAGCCAUUUCGGAAGAUUUGUAAAGUACCAAAAAAAAGAAAGAACCGAUCAUAUCGGCUAAUGUAAAAACAAAACAAAACUAUAGAUGUCUUGGUGUAGAUUGGGUGAGAAAUCUAAAUUGAACUAUUGUAAAUUAUGGAACGGGAAAAGGGGAUUUAUAGGCAGAGGUGGAAAGCCAAAGCGCGAAAAAUCGAGUCAUACAUAUGUUAAAAGUGUUAGUUUAUAUUAAACUGUAAAGCUAUAUUCUAUAUAUUAUUUAUAAUUUUAAUCAUUAGUUAGGUAUGCAUGAUUCGAAAUUAGUCCAAAUUCGGUGUUCGAAUAGCUUGUUCGGCUCACUUAGUUUCUAUUUAAAUUAUUUCUGUUGCCAGGUGUAUUGUCAGUUUUUACACAAAAUUGAAAAUAAAUCAGAUGUUUUGUACGUUUUAA